AUGAAGAUGCGAGCUGUCAUCAGGGGAAUCCAUGAAGAUGCUUGGACUGCUGUUGAAACCGGAUGGAGCGCUCCUACUGCUUUAGGAGAGGAUGGUUCACAGGUUCCGAAGGAUAAACUCCUCUGGACAGAUGAUGAGAAGAGUCUGGCUAAGUACAACGCGAGAGCGAUAUCCGCUAUCUUCAAUGCGGUGAAUGAGAAACAAUUCGAGCGUAUCCAAUGUUGUGAGUCAGCAAAAGUGGCUUGGGACAAGCUGAAACAGGCUUACGAGGGAACUUUAAAUGUCAAAAGGUCCAGAAUUGACAUGCUUGCAACUCGAUUUGAGAAUCUACGUAUGGGUGAAUCUGAGACUGUCGAAGAAUUCAGUGGAAAACUCAGCUCAAUCGCCAAUGAAGCACAAAACAUGGGUAAGAAGUACAAAGAUAAGAAGCUGGUUAAGAAACUGCUGAGAAGUCUCCCACCAAAGUUUGAGUCGAAGAAAACAGCCAUGGGAACUGCUCUUGACACAGACAACAUGGACUUGGAUGAGAUAGUUGGCCACCUGCAAGCAUAUGAGAUGGAAAUUGCUCCAACUUUGGGAAGCAGUUCGAAAGGAAUUGCAUUUGUGGCAUGA